UGAUGCUACAACUGUAAAUACCCCCACUAAUCAACAGCUAAUAACAGCAAAAAGCAAACAAUGUUUUGCUUUUGCCGCAGGUUAUUGUUCGUCUCGGUUGCACCUCGACUGGAAAACGUUUUUCAAAGAGCCAUGGCCUUUUCAAAACAUACGUUCCCUCCAACCAUAAUGCUGAUAAUGAUGAUGAUGACGCUAAUCACAUCCGGGAGUUGCCACAUUUGUGGUCCGCCGGCAGUGCCUCUUAAUGCCAAAGUUCGCACAGUGACCGGCGAGACUGGUAUAUCAGAGGCACAUUACACAUGUGAUGCUGGUUACGAGCUGUUUGGCUCGCCAACUGGUAAGUGUGAUCCCCACAAAGGCUGGGAGCGAGAGCUGCCCUUUUGUGGCGUCAAUGUGGCCUACCGCAAGCCGGUUAACCAAAGCUCCUAUACGCGCAGUGGUCCUGCUAGCUUUGCGAAUGAUGGAAAGCCCGGCAAUAAGAAUCCUGAUGGGCAAGAAUGCUCGGAAACACAAAAAGAGCCAUCUCCUUGGUGGCGUGUCGAUCUUUUGGUACCGCAGGCUGUACAUGUGGUACGCAUUACCACGCGCGGUUGCUGUGGGCAUCAGCCGCUGCAGGAUUUGGAGAUACGAGUGGGCAAUAGCAGCGCGGAUCUGCAGCGGAAUCCACUUUGCGCCUGGUACCCAGGCACACUAGACGAAGGCAUUGUGAAGACUUUCACCUGUGCAAGACCGCUUGUUGGCCAGUACGUUGCCAUUCAGCUGGUUGGUGUUGAGGGCAGCCUAAGCUUAUGCGAAGUAGAGACAUUUACUAAUGAUGAAUUUUCCGUGGAUCGCUGUCUAAGCCCUAAAAUCGGAGUUGAUACUGUAGUAACGACAUUUUCCAAGACAUGCUACGACUUUCAUAUUACGAAAGGAGAAAGCUUUGAAAAAGCUCAAAGCAUUUGCAAGCAGACUGGUGGUAACUUGGUUCACGACUUUCGUGGCGCUACGAGCCAAUACAUUUUAUCGGAAUUGGAGCGUCGAAAAACUGAGCUAAAGCCACAAUUGGUUUGGAUUGGCGCACAAAAAGAACCAGGCAUUACAUCCCGAACUUGGCAGUGGGUUAAUGGGGAAAUAGUGCAGAAGCCAGCGUGGGGUAAGGAUCAGCCGAAUAAUUACAACGGAGAGCAGAACUGUGUAGUCUUCGAUGGUGGCCGCAAUUGGCUCUGGAAUGAUGUGGGCUGCAAUCUGGACUAUCUUCAUUUCAUAUGCCAACACUCACCGAUGUCCUGCGGCUCGCCGGAUGCGCGGCAAAACACAACCGUGUUGGGGAAAAAAUUUACAUUGGGGGAGAAAAUUCAAUACGAUUGUCCAAAGGGUCACUCGCUUCUGGGCUAUGCAGAGCGCGAGUGCAAGCCAGAUGGUACGUGGAGCGGAGCAGCGCCGACAUGUAAAUAUGUUGACUGCGGGGCAUUACCCGAGCUGAAAUUCGGUUCUAUACACCUGUCUGAGGAACGCACCAGCUAUGGAGUGGUGGCUACCUAUAGCUGUCAUGAGAAUUACACGUUAAUUGGCAACGAAAAUCGAACAUGUUUGGAGGAAGGCUGGAAUGGUAAGCAGCCAGAGUGUUUGGUUGACUGGUGUCCUGAUCCACAAGGGAUUCCUGGCGGCAACGUGCACUUUACUGACAAGCGGGCUGGGUCCACUGCCACGUAUGUGUGUGAACCGGGAUAUGUGCUUGUUGGAGAAGCGAUAAUCUCUUGUGGAUUGGGAGGUGAUUGGUCUAAUAAAACGCCUUCGUGCCGGUUUGUCGACUGCGGUGCGCCCGCUCGUCCAGAUCGGGGCAUAUCCAUUCUAGUAAACGGUACCACGACGGUUGAUUCUAUUGUCAAGUACGAGUGUGAUGAGGAUCAUUGGUUAGACGGUCCGUCGGAUCUGUACUGUACAAGAGAUGGAAAAUGGUCUGGCGAAGCACCGGUUUGCGAGCUUGUCACAUGUGAAACGCCACAAGUACCAGCCGGCACCUUUGUCAUCGGAUAUGAUUACAAUGUACACUCUAAAAUACAAUACAACUGCGAUCCUGGGUACAUUAUGCAUGGAAACCCAGUUCUUGAAUGCUUGGAUACAGGAGAAUGGAGUUCCGAUGCGCCCUUCUGUGAAUAUAUCGACUGUGGCCCCAUAUUGCCCAUACCGUUUGGCUCCAUCAAAUAUGUGUCUAAUACAACACACGUCGGCUCCGAGGUGGUCUUCACCUGCACGCAAUCACACAAGCUAAGCGGAGUGCUUAAACGUAAAUGCCUGGAAUCAGGCAUUUGGAGCGAUUCCAUGCCCAAAUGUGAAGAAAUUCGAUGUCACGAACCGACGCUGCCCACACAUAGCCUCUUGUCUGUUACCGGUAAUGACCGAAUGUACGGGCGCACUCUUAUACGCACCGCGGAUUCCACACAAAAUACAGCACAGACAUACAAAAUUGGAGCUCUGGCAAAAUAUCGUUGUGAGCGUGGGUACAAAAUGGUUGGCGAGGCCCUGGCUACCUGUACGGAUAACGGCCAGUGGAGCGGUAUAAGACCAGAGUGUGUAUAUGUGGAGUGUGGAGCGCCAGAAAAUAUAACUAACGGUAAGGUGACGUUGGCUACCAAUGCCACUUACUAUGGAGCUGCAGUACUUUACGAAUGUAAUGCAAAUUACAAACUCAAUGGCGUCUCACGACGAUUGUGUACAGAGCACGGCAAUUGGAGCCACGAGGCCCCAAAAUGCGUUGAAGUUGUCUGUGAUAUGCCCAAUGUAAGUGAUAGUUUAAUUGUGGAGGCAGACACUCGCGCCGUUGGCUCGGUGGCUAUCUUUAAGUGCGCAAAGGGUCGCAUUUUGGUUGGCAAUGAUACACGCAUCUGCCAAAAAAAUGGCAAAUGGGCGGGCAAGAGUCCCACAUGUAGACCUGUUGACUGCGGACGGCCGUUAUCCAUUGACAAUGGUCGUGUAAUUGUCGUCAACGAUUCCACCCUAUACGGUGGCUCUGCCGAAUAUCACUGCAUACCAAACUACCAAAGGGUUGGUCAGUAUCUGCGGAAAUGCACCGAGGAUGGUGCUUGGAGUGGCAAGCAGCCGCAUUGUGAACUGGCAACUGUGGAGGGGCAAGAAAGUUCUGAACUGGGUACAGGUGUUGCCAUUGGCGCUACUGUUAUUGUAGCGUUGCUCGUCAUCUUUGGCCUUAUAUUCUUGUAUCGGAACAAGGCAAGGCCCGUCAAAAAUUCAGAAAACAUUCAGGCAGCCGAAACAAAAGAUGAGCGCAAUGCCGCCGUUAUGUCAUAUUCUACGCUAGAGGCAAACAAUCGCAUGCACAUGGACAACAACCCAUCCGCGACCUUCAACACAUUUCAAGGCGGAGCUGGUCUUCGAGGAGUCCGGAACAACGAUAACACUGGCGACGGUGAACGAGUAAACAAUCGCUCGGAAAACAUUUACGACCAAAUACCAAAUGAACAGUUUUAUGAUGCACCUUACGAGAUGCGCACAAAUGAUGAAGUAUACGAGCCAGAGCCAGUAUCCAAUAACGUAAUCACAAUUAAUGGCAUAUCUGUGCGAUAAAGAGCAUGAGUUAAACAUUUGUUUAUAUAUGUAUAUAGUAAUUUAAGAAAGGACGUGAACAAUUCGUAGUUGUGAAAACUCAUUUAUUACCUACUACCCAAAGCACAAUCAAGAGCACGAAUAUCGACCCUGUGUGUAACAGGCAAAAGAAAGCUUCUCCGACCCUAUAAAGUAUAUACAUAUGUAUAUUCUUGAUCAGCCUUAACAGUUAGGUCAAUUUAGCCGAGUCCGUCUGUCUUUCUGCAUGAACACGUUGUCUUAAAAAAAUUGUCGUCAAAUUUUGAAUAUAGGACCUCCUAAAGAAGACGUUAAAUUAUCAUUAACUCCUGUCAUUUGCCAUUUGCGUUUUGAACCCAUCUUGUAGAGUAUAGGGGUUAGAGGCACACAAUUCGGGAUUAAUUGUUCUAUGUAUAUGGACAAUUCAUGGCGCCCUCCCCCCACUAUUAAAGUAAUUUUUUUUGAAGGAAUACCCUUGCGCGUUGGGUGCCAUAUUGAACUCCUCAUAUUCAACAAACAAAGGUCGCACUAAAAACAACGAAGAUAUUUAAAAAUGCAUUUCCUACAGUGUGGAUGCGAAGGAAGAAGCACAAGCGCUGCAGCAAGUGAACAUGUAUUAAUGUAAAAAAGGCAUGUUUGUUAGAGAAGCUUGACCCUGGGUAUACGGUAUCUCCUAGUUGGGCAUUCCCGAUUAGAGCACACUUGUUUUUUUUUUAAAUUAUUAAGUAUUAUAUAAAAUAUGUAUAACCAGAAUGUACAACUUUGUUAUGCAAUGUGUAAGUACUCGAUAAUACUUAAGUCAAGAAAAACUAUGUUUUAUUUAAAUAAAUAUGUGGUUAACUAA